CAUACUUACCUGGACGGGGUCAAUGGCUGAUCAUGGAGGCCCAUGGCCUAGAAAAGUGAUUUUUAUUGCACUUCAAAGAUGCACUUUUCUAAGGUCUCCUCAAGUAGGAGAGCCUACGUCAUAAUUUGUGCUUCAGUUUCUACAAAGUAUCGCGAGACAACCCCAGGCGGAUGGAAAAAUAUGAGGUGUUUUAUUGCUUAGUUUGGCUUUUAUGGAAGCUUUAACAAUUUAUGGGCUGUUAUCGCAUUAAUUGGCACUUUUAUUUGCGAAUCCUUUUGUUUAAUCCUGUAAAUCUUUUUAAUCCUAUAAAUAGGAGAUGGUUUUCUUAAUUUUUUCUUUUUUUAUGGAUUCGGGCUUACCCCUUUCUUUUUUUACGCCAUUGUUGGGAUAAUAACCUAAAGGAAGGAUUAAUUUGAGGAUGAGGAAGUAGCCCAUUGACUCGUUUUCUUCCUUCCCUUUCUUAGUCCAAGGGACCCUCUUUUUAAGGAAUGUUGCAGCAAAUGGGACCUUUCGCUAUUGAUCGAUCCCUAAUUCUUUGAAUUCUAAUAAGUAUCAUUAUUAUUG